UUUUUUUCACAUCAGCUUCUUACGUUGCCAUCCAUCUCCACAUGCCUCUGGUCACCCCUCCUACACUCGUUGACGAAGACGGUGCGCUCACCCAAGAGUGCGAGAACGCCUUGGUGGCCAUUUUCAAGCGUUACGAUGUUGAUAAAGAUGGCGCGUUGAGCACCUCGGAACUGGACGCGUUUGCGAAGGACACCAACGGCGACGUGUUCGACGAGGACACACGUGCCGAGAUCAGUGAAUUCCUGGACCUGGACGAAAGGGGUCAAUUGACCCUGAAAGGGUUCUUGCAGAUGUACAAUCUCCAGACCUCGAGCGAACCAGAGGAGACAUGGAAGGAUCUUCAAAAACAUGGAUACGAUACAAAACUGAAGCUCGUUGCCUCCAGGAAUGAAGACAGUGAUGACAAGAGCAAACCAACCCCUGCGACCGAAACCACAACGGCAUCAGACCAGAAACGCAAGUAAUGCUCUGGAUCACAUAAUAUAAUAAAUAAAGGGUGCCCAAGCGAACAUUGUAAUGAGCUGAAAACGAAAGCAGACUACGUUCAUGUGCAAGGGCAAUAUUCACGCU